AAUGAGCGAAAGCACCAUAAACGAGGGGGCGGGGCUAAGGCGGGGCAUCAUGGACGCCCCCAGUGCGCUGCGUGCGGGUGCGUGUAGGUGAUGCACUGACAGGCAGCUCCGCCGCCGCGGACCCGCCCUCUGCCCUCACCAGCCGAGACUUGGUUGGCCCGGGAAGUUCUGCUAGGCGGCGGUCGGAGAGGGAGCCAUGGGGACGGUGCAUGCCCGGAGUUUGGAGCCGCUUCCAGCCAGUGGGCCUGAUUUUGGAGCGUUAGGAGAAGAAGCUGAAUUUGUUGAAGUUGAACCUGAAGCUAAACAGGAAAUUCUUGAAAACAAAGAUGUGGUUGUCCAGCACGUUCACUUUGAUGGCCUCGGAAGGACUAAAGAUGAUAUCAUCAUGUAUGAAAUUGGAGACGUGUUUAAGGCUAAAAACCUUAUUGAGGUAAUGCGGAAAUCUCAUGAAGCCCGUGAAAAGCUGCUUCGUCUGGGAAUAUUUAGACAAGUGGAUGUUUUGAUCGAUACCUGUCAAGGAGAUGACGCGCUUCCUAACGGGCUAGACGUUACCUUUGAAGUCACUGAGCUGAGGAGAUUGACGGGCAGUUACAACACCAUGGUCGGGAACAACGAGGGAAGCAUGGUACUUGGAAUCAAACUCCCUAACCUGCUAGGUCGUGCAGAAAAAGUGACGUUUCAGUUUUCCUAUGGAACAAAAGAAACUUCCUACGGCCUGUCCUUCUUCAAACCACAGCCCGGAAACUUCGAAAGAAACUUCUCCUUAAACUUAUAUAAAGUUACUGGACAGUUCCCCUGGAGCUCACUCCGGGAGACGGACAGAGGAGUAUCAGCCGAGUACAGUUUCCCCAUCUGGAAGACCAGCCACACGCUCAAGUGGGAAGGCGUGUGGCGGGAGCUGGGCUGCCUCGCCAGGACUGCGUCUUUCGCCGUCCGCCAAGAGAGUGGCCACUCACUGAAGUCAUCUCUUUCGCACGCCAUGGUCAUCGACUCCCGGAACUCGUCCAUCUUACCCAGAAGAGGCGCUUUGCUGAAAGUUAACCAGGAGCUGGCAGGCUACACCGGAGGUGACGUGAGCUUCAUAAAAGAAGAUUUUGAGCUGCAGUUGAAUAAACAACUCUUACUCGAUUCAGUUUUUUCAGCCUCUCUCUGGGGUGGAAUGCUGGUACCCAUUGGUGAUAAACCGUCAAGCAUUGCUGACAGGUUUUACCUCGGGGGACCGACAAGUGUUCGCGGGUUCAGCAUGCACAGCGUCGGGCCGCAGAGUGAAGGAGACUACCUGGGCGGAGAGGCAUACUGGGCCGGCGGCCUGCACCUGUACACCCCGCUACCUUUCCGGCCAGGCCAGGGCGGCUUCGGGGACCUUUUCAGAACACACUUUUUUCUCAACGCAGGAAACCUCUGCAACCUCAACUAUGGGGAGGGCCCCAAAGCUCAUAUCCGUAAACUGGCUGAGUGCAUCCGCUGGUCUUACGGUGCUGGAAUCGUCCUCAGACUUGGCAACAUUGCCCGGCUGGAACUUAACUACUGCGUCCCCAUGGGCGUGCAGAGUGGCGACAGGUAGGUGCUGGAGGUUCUCCACAGGUCCCAUUGCACU